UGAGAUCGACGUGGGUAGUGUAGUAAACUGUAGUUGUGUACUCGUAACUUAGACAGUUCUGACAACGACAUGACCAUUUAAGGAAAGCGCAAAGCUGUCAAAGUAGCAAAAGUUUGCUCGACCCCCGCCGCCGUACGUUUUUAUUCGUUUUUGUGGUACGAGAAAAUUACAUUGAAAAUGGCUUUGACCGGAUGUUAUGCGUUUAUGAAGCACGUAGUUACACUGCUCAAUAUUCUUUAUUUGCUAUGCGGAUUUCUGUUGAUGGUGCUAGCAAUAUGGAUGUGGGUGGAUCCGACUUUUUCGAUAAGUAUGACCCAGGACGAAGCGAGUUACUAUACUGGUGUAUAUUUGAUUCUAUUUGUGGGUGCUUUGCUGUUAAUCGUCGGCUUCCUCGGUUGCGCCGCUGCCAUCAGUGAAUCUCAGUGUUCACUUGUCCUGUACUUUUGCUUAUUGCUCACCGUUCUUGUGGCCCAAAUAUCAGCUGCUAUUUGGAUGUAUGCCAACAACUACAAACUAGAAGAAUUGGUCAAACACACUGUAAAAACAACUGUUCAAUCAGAAUACGGUGUCAUACCGGGUCGUACCGAAACAUUUGACGCUAUCCAAAGUGGUCUUGAAUGUUGCGGCGGAUCGGGACCUUUUGAUUGGGCUGGAAGCAAGUAUAAUAAUCCGGAGACGGAUAAAAUGGAAAGUCUUCAACUAGCAAUUAGCUCUCCGCAACAGUCGUAUAAAAUACCGGCGUCCUGUUGUAAAGCCACUGCUGUACCGAAACAAUGUUCAGAAGCGCAAACUGCCGUGGCCUCUGGACCGGUGUCAAAUUUAAUUUAUUCCGAGGGUUGCACCGAAAAGCUGUUGUACACCUCGCGUAAAAGCAUGAUUAUGUUCUUAGUGGUUUUGGUUGCAAUCGGUUCGGUCGAGUUCUUCGGCCUAGUGUUGGCGCUGAUACUGUGUUGUGCCAUACGGGCUGUUAAUACUUACAAAAAUUAAAACCCGAAGACAACAACAACAACCCAAUCGGUCCGCUCGCCCUCUUGUAUAAGUCUUGGAACACUAUGUGGUCAAUAUCAUAAGACAGCAAGACAACAAAUUCUAUCCAUCAUAAUAUUAUGAAUUAUGGUAGAUAGGUUUAUGACCGAUAAACAAAUUUGUUAACCGGGAGUUGGUAAAAACUUUUUCUUUUUUUUUAGACCAAUUAAAAAAAAUUGGUCUAAAAAAAAGUGUUCAACACACUGCGAAUUGUGACCGAUCGGGUUAACAUCAAUGCAAACAAAUGACAAAUCAGAUCAAAUUAUUCCUCCGAUGUAUAUAAGAUAACAUACGUGUGUAAAUUAUAUCUAUUGUGCCUGAAAACGUUUUUAAACAAUUCUAGAAUCUCCUAUUUACGUUACAUCACAUUUUGAGUUUUUACAAUAUAUUAUCGCAUCUGUGUUUUGCUUAAAUUAAAAAUAUCGUACGAGUCAAAUAUCGUGUUUACAAUUUUUUAAAGGUAUUACGUCGUUUUAUUUUUGUUUUACAUAAACACUGAUUUGUGUUCUAUUUGAUGUUUAUUAUAUUAUUACAAUUUUAGUCGAACAAUAUUUAUUUCAUUGUUAUUAGUAGUACUGAUACGGUUUUGAUCUUUAUCUAGCAGCUUGUAAUAACUAAAUUUAGUUAUUAAAAGUUUGUAAUAAAACAGUUUUAUCCUAUUUCCCCCCCCCCCCCCGUAAAAUUUCUAUAAACGAAAUACAAAUACUUUAAUUUUCUUAAGUAAGAAUUCCAUGACUGUUAUUAAAAUUGUAUUACUAUUAUUAUUAUUAAUUACUAUAACUAUAAAUAUUCACAAAUGUGUUCGUGUGUUUUUUUUUAUUAUUAUAUAAUUUAUAUUGUUAUUUUUUAGAAAAUAGAUUAGGCACUAAUAAUUAUUUAUAAUGCUGUCUAAUAUGUAUUGUGGUUUUUAAAUAUUUUUUUUAUUAUUUUUAUACUGUUUGUUCGUAUUUCAUGUUUGCCAGUGUAACGCACGAGUCACGUGUCAUAUUUUAAGUCUUGAUAAUUAUUUAAAAUAGCAGACAUUAGUCAUUUAAUUUUAAUUUUUAUUAUUUUGUAUAAUAAUCGCUAAUUUCAGCUAACACUAGUUCCUAGUCUUAAUUAUGUACAUUAUUUUACUAGAGUUAACAACAACUAGACUUUUAGCCGAGUCGUUGAGUAAUUAUUACCCAAAUUGUAUUUUAAGUUACAAUGGUGUACUGUACACAAUCAUUGAACGAUAAUACCGCUUUAUCAUAAUAAACAUUUAAUAAUAUCUAAUUUA